AAUAAUCCGUUUUAAUCCGGAAGAUAUAUUCUUAAUCAUUAGCGCUUCCGGCGGGAAAGCGGCAGCCGAAAAAGAAAGAAAAACAGGUGCACCUGCGGUGCCCCCAUCAGAAAAAUGCCAGCAUCUGACUUUUCUUGGUCACCACAAAGACAGCCCUUGUGCCAUGGAAUUAAAAGAAAACAUUCUGCUUUUUCACAGAGUGCUGAGUGUGAAAUGGACAAUGAGGCUGGGGAACAAUUUCCUUCCAUGAAAAGAAAGUGUAUUACACACACAACUGAUAUAAGCCAUGACAUGAACAAUAUGUUUGAAAUCAACCAUAAUGAUGAACAAUCUUAUGAUCUCAACAACUUCACUGAUAAUAACAACUCAAACACUCCUAAUCUUAACACACUUCAUUGUGAUCAACAGAUGAGACAGAACUUGCUACCUAUGGGGGCCCCUUCCCAGGGGUACGGUGCUAAUCAGCUGGCGACAGUGUUUGUCCAGCAGUCCAAACUGACCUGUACUGUAAUCUCACAUAACCAGAGUCACACUCAACCUCAGCACGCUCAGCAGAUUGUUCAACCUUUUGACAUGGGAGAAAUGAUAAUGGAUUUGAACGAUGAGACGUACUCGACCACUCAGAUUGACCUCUGCCGGAGUGAGGAAUUGUCGUACACCGCUAUGGACUCCGAUUAUGUGCCUAACCCCGAGCAGUACCAGCUAAACAGGGGAACCAAUUCAUUUGGUGUACCUAUUGACCACUGUACAGGCUCCCACGCAGUGAAGAGUUACUGUCGACCUCACUGGGACAAUCAAGAUCUCCGCCCCUACAUCUCGGACUAUUAUUAGAAUCUCCACCCAGAAUCUCCCACCCACGUCCAAAAUCAUUCAAACAGAUCUGUUGUUUAUGUAUCAUGUUCAGCUUAUUGCAAUUUUAUAUUGUGUAAAUAUUUUUUGUGGAGUUUAUAGUUUUAUAUAAAUUUGUUUUAUGACUAAUUUGCAUCUGUCAAUGAUUUUCCUUUUUUUCUGGAUGUAAAAAUCAUUUUUUUGUUUAUCACCAUAAUGAGCCAUUCUUUGUUUUAUUCAUAUUUAUGCAUCAUUUUAUGUCCUAUGUUUUUUGGUUAUUGGGUAUGCAUUGAAGAUUUCGCUGUCCUUGUAUUUGUAAUAGGUAAUUAAGUUAUGUUACCUAUGUCAUUUAAUGUGUAAUCUUCCACAACAUGAAUGGUUUAAGUAAAUUAUGAUUUUCCUGCAUAUUCCUAUGAAUUACUUUGUUAGGGGAGUAUGAUGCAUUUGAUUAAGUUUGUACUUGUAUUGAAUACUAAAGGUCUAGUGCAGCUACAGGAGGUAAUCAAAUUAUAAUGUUCUUACAGAUCUUUUUGGGAUGUCGUUUUGUUAAAAAAAAUUUCAACAUGCAAUGUGUACAAAGGGGGAUAAUAAAUAUGUAAGUAUGUGCAAAGUACAUUAUAACAUUGUCAUGACAUUCAUUUUUUUAAAACUUUUUUUUUGUUUUUGAAAUUUUGUUGUUACAGGUUUGUUGAAGUGCAUAUCACAUUUUAAAAUGCUCAAGAAUAAUGUACUUAAUAGCAUAUAUGUACUAUGAAAACAAGGAAAAGUCACCAAAAAAAGCAUAUUUUUAAUAAUAGACUUGCGAUUUUGUAUUUUUAAGGAUUUUUUUCAUGUAUGCAAAAACAAGCAUCAUUUUAAUUUGAUUGUAAAUUUGUUGUUUUUUAAAGAAUAAAUCAAUAAAAGAGGAUUAAUUUAACA